GCGUAGCCAUUAGAAUUUUACAGUUUAAGUAUACAUUUGUAAAGGCAGUCGGCCUUCAUAGCACAUUUCCUGUUUUAUUCGUUUGACCAACCCACUAUCCAUUGUGUAGCCCGCGUUACAGCUUGUGCCUGUUAUCUCUCGCGCAACCUCUCCCUAAAAGCAUGUCUUCGAAGCCCAGCGACGAACUAGGUUCGGAAGGGAAAUGGUUUGGGGACGAUUAUGAAAGAAAUGGCCUAUUUGGAAGCACCCCACCCCGGUUUGAUGAGCUACGUGAAGAUUUAAAACCGAAAACCAGGGAGGAGACGAGCGACCUGGAUCAAUUCCAUCAAUUUGAGGACGAUGGGAAAAGGCCUCCCGUUGCUAUGGAAACUACAUCUACAGGUGACGCCUUGUCUGACCUUUUCCGGAAGCCCAUGAGUGAUGAUGGUGACCUGUACACCUCACUCCUGUCCAAUCAGAGCCAUCCCUCAGGCCAGGAUGCCUCUUACCUGUCUGAUGAUCUGAAGCUCUCCUCUGGCCCCUCCUCCCAGGACACCUUCGACUCCUACAACAUCUUUGGUUCCUCCAACACCAAGACGAUCACUGACCUGGUUGAUGAGAUGCCCAAGUCCCUGCUGGGGGGCUCCGAGUCGAAGACAGAGGCCUACAACUACAUGGAUAUCAGCCAUGGUGAUGACAUCCACAACCAGCACCAGAGCCAGGGGCCCCUGCAUAGCCUAGUAGACACUGGGCUGUCUGGCCUGGACUCCCUGGGAGGCUACAUGGAUAAGAGCCCUGGUGAUGACAUCCACAACCAGCAACAGAGCCAGGGGCCCCUGCAUAGCCUAGUAGACACUGGGCUGUCUAGCUUGGACUCCCUGGGAGGCUACAUGGAUAAGAGCCCUGCAGAACUCGAGGAGGAGGAAGAGGAAGAGAACCUGGGCCCGGCGCUUGACUCGCACUCCUUCCCUUACGUAGAGGAGCCUUCUGAGGAUGAGGAGCUGUCUGACUACCGCUCCUACCGUAACCUGGGCACCCCUCAGACCGCUAGCCCUGUGAAGAUCACCCUGACCGAGUCCCACCCCCCUGCUUCUGCCAAACCCACCCCCCCGCAGGCCAAUGUGUCUGACAACAUCCUCAGCCUGGGCCUGCAGGGCGUUCCCACGGUUACACUCUCUGAGCCAGAGGACGACAGCCCCAACUCCUCCCCCAAUGCAUCCCCAACAGAGAAAGAAUCUCCGUCCCAAGAACUGUUCAAGGCUGUCCCCAGCAGCAAGCCAACCCCAGGCUCCACCAAGACCAGGGAGCAGGAUGGCAGUAGUGCAGAGUCGGGGGACUCUGAGAUAGAGCUGGUCUCUGAGGAUCCUCCCCUGCAGAGCCCCCCCAGCACCAAAUCCAGUAACAACCCCUUUGAGCAGCCUCCCAGCAGCAAGGGAGGUUUCAGCCAGACUGGCAACCCCUUCGACAAUCCCCCCAGCGCUAAGGGGCCCAUAUCGUACAGCAUCCUGAGGGAGGAGAGGGAGGCUGAGCUGGACAGUGAGCUCUUCAUCGAGUCUGCCAAUGAGGAGAGCCCCAAGAGAGAGGGGUCCGGCCCCAAACAGGGGGUCAACACCCCUUCACCUCUGAUCCCCACCGCUGCUCCCCCCGCCUGCCCUGCCCCAGAGGUGGUUCCAGCCGAGCCUGUCACGAGCUCCAUGAUGAAAUCAUCCAAUGACAAGAGCAAGAGCCACAUGAAGAUGGAAGAGGAUUGCCCCACCAAGCCCAAGCCCCCCACGGCUGCCGUGCCCCCGGAGGUGAGGUCUGAGAGGCCCCUCCUGGAUGACAAGCACAUCACUGAGGGGAAGGGAGACCUGACCAAACCUGCUGCGCCAGUAUUUAUGGAGGGCUUUGACAAACAGAAAGCCAUUGACCUGCUCUACUGGAGGAACGUGAAGCAGUCUGGAGCUGUGUUUGGCAGUGUGCUCCUGCUGCUCUUCUCUCUGACCCAGUUCAGUGUGGUCAGUGUGGGAGCCUACUUAACCCUGGCCGCCCUCUCUGCCAGCAUCAGCUUCAGGAUCUACAAGUCUGUGCUUCAGGCCGUGCAGAAGACCGAUGAAGGGCACCCAUUCAAAUCUUAUCUGGAGGUGGAGAUCUCUCUGUCCCAGGAUCAGAUCGGUAAAUAUGCUGACAAGGCUCUGCUCUACGCCAACACCUGUAUGAAGGAGCUCCGUAGGCUGUUCCUGGUCCAGGACCUCAUCGACUCACUGAAGUUUGCUGUCCUGAUGUGGCUGCUGACCUAUGUGGGCGCUCUCUUCAAUGGCCUGACUCUGCUUAUUCUUGCCGUGGUGUCCAUGUUCAGCAUGCCCAUUGUCUAUGAGAAAAACCAGGCACAGAUUGACCAAUAUGUGGGACUAAUACGGACCCAAGUGAACUCUGUGGUGGGGAAGAUUCAGGCGAAGAUCCCCGGGGCCAAGCGAAAGGAAGAGUAGACCUGCGUCUUGCUAACAGUGGAGCCCAGCUCAGACUCAGUGGCAGACAGCUUGAUCAUUGUUGGAUAGCCUUGUCAUUAUCUGGGGGUAGUACUAUGUCAUCUAGAAGGUGUUCUCUAAAACCAACCAUUGGAGAAGCCUUGACCCCAAAACUGUCUAGAAUGGUUAACACACACAGUAAAUCACCCAUGUUCAAGAUAAGUCUAGGUAGACAAGUACACCAUUUGGAAGAAAAUGUAUUUUUAUUUUGUGUUGCUUGUUAUUAAGCGCAUGAAGUCAAGCCUUGAGUAAAUAUUAUUUUGUAUCUUUCGUGCAGUUCUCACACUAGUUUUUAUUUUCCUUCAGUGCUUACAACAAAGGUUUGGCACAAAAAAGCGAUAUGCCUACAGAAAUGCUCUGCUGCCAAUGUUAAAUACUGCUUCAUGCUUCUGAGUUAGCUGGUGGGGCUUCUCUCAGUAUAUAUAGUCAAUAUAUAUACAUUUCAAAAUGAUUUCUUUUGUGUUUUCAAGCACAAAAUAAUUUGAUGUAAUUGUAGUUUUUUGCAUAACUAUGUAACUACACACAAUAUCAUGUUUUAGGUACUGUUGUUCAACUACUAUGAAGACAAGGAUUAUCUGAUGAUAUUUAGCUUGUUUGAAUUAACUGUCCAACUUUGUACAAUGUUCACCUAUACUCAAUGUAGUUCUUAGACCCUGUCUAACUAUUUGCACUUACAGUAUGUAUUUAAUUACAGAAUAAGACAAAUAAAUGUUCCUUGAUGUAUAA